AUAAUAUAUAAUUAUACGUUCUCUGUUCAUAGUAAACAUAAGUCGAAUUUAUCUGAAGCAAAUUUUCUUGUAUUGAAUGGAUUAACUACAAAUAGAGAAAAUGGAUGAGCCAAUUGAAACUAAAACAAAUCAAUCACCCGACGAGAGUUUUGAGCGGCUUUUACAUAGUACUGAAGACGCACCGGUGGAAAGCAUAAAAAGUAACAAAGGGCAUACCGAGUGGCAAAAUACUGACCAAAAGUCAGAGAAACCCGUGAAGAAGAGAGUGUCCACUGAGAAGAUUCAUGUUUAUGGUUAUAUGAAAAAGAAAGUUUUAAACCAUUUGGUAGAAAAUGGUUGCAGCUCGCGUAGCGUCGACGAAGUGAUAGCAGCAUCAAAAUUUAAUAAGAAUUCUGUGUUAGAAUAUAUGAAUCAGCGCAUACAAAUGGCGCAAGAAAAUGUGCACGAAGAAUGUGAUUCUCUGAGCUUUUCCAACAUGGAAUCAUGGCUUAAAUUAUUUAAAAAGUGGAAUUUGCCAGAAUUAUGUGUGUAUGAGCCUGCUUUAGUAAUCAAUGCUAUUGCGAAUAAUGAAGACUUUCCUGAACCUAAAGAGUUAGACGGCGUGGACCUAAAAGCUGUUUACAAAUUUCUAGGAAAUGCAUUAAUGGGAUUGCCUCAGCCAAAUUUGGAUGCGAAGAGUGCAGAAUUUUUGGCAAACGAAUUUGAGAUUUUAGUCGGUGAAGCCAAUACGGAAGGCGGUGAUAGCGAAACAGGUCGCAUUAACCAGAAAUUACAGUCUUAUAAGGAACUUCCAUUCUGCGCACAAAACGAAAAAAGUAGCAUAGAUCCUUUAUGCCUCGGCGAUGAUUUGAAUUUUCACCGAAAAUAAACAUGUAGUUGUAAUCACAAAAAAUUAAUUUUAUAUUAUUUUUUACAAAUUCUGUAUGUUGAAACUGUUUGCCUUCCACUUAUUGUAAUAAAAUAUAUUGAAAGUCUGGUUUAUACAUUUUCUGGUCACAUUUAUUACACAUUCAAAUAUUAUUCAGUACUUUAAAAGAGUUGACAUAAAUUUGUAUGCAUAAAUAUAUUUGUAAUAAUUGGUUUCUUUAUUUCUUCUUACGAGAAUCAACUCCCUUUCUAAACACACUCAUUUUUAAAAGUAUACUUUAGAAAUAUCGAAAACUAUUAAAUAAUAUUGAUACCGUAAUCAUAGUUGUUCAUUUUGCAGCCGUUUAGAUGUUUAUGUCUUGCAGCUUUCUUCCAAAAUGAUUUAAGCAGUUUUUAAACAAAUGCCAUGAAAACUUAUUUCCCUUAUCACCUGUGUACAAAUAAAGUUGAAUUUUAAAACACAUUCAAAUUGAUUGAUUUGAGGUAACUCCUAGUUUGAAAGACUCUUUCAAGGAUUUUAUACUUCACUAUCUUCUAUGAAAUUGUAGACUCUAUAGUUUCAGUAUGAACAAUUAUGUGAUUUCCGACUAAACACGCGUUGAAUUACAUGAAUUAGUGAAAUAAUAUGUAUACACUUAUUUAAAAAAAA